CGGAGAGCCGGCGUGACUUUGAGCGCUUCCCGCUCUGCCGCCAGUGCAGAGCAGAGCACGGCCGAACAGAGCCCUGGAAGCGGCUGAUCCAGACUUGCCAUGCGUCUGCUGCGGGUCGCCGCGGCCCUGGGCCGUGGGCCGCUCCCUCGGGUCCCUGCCGCCCUGGGCUGGCAGGGGAAGCAGGGUAAUUGGAAGGCCUGCCGAUGGUGUUCGUCAGGAAUAGUUCCCAAUGAGAAAAUACGAAAUAUUGGAAUCUCCGCUCACAUUGAUUCUGGGAAGACGACAUUAACAGAACGGGUGCUGUACUACACGGGCAGGAUUGCCACGAUGCACGAGGUGAAAGGCAAAGAUGGAGUGGGUGCUGUCAUGGAUUCCAUGGAAUUAGAGAGACAGAGAGGGAUCACCAUCCAGUCUGCAGCCACCUACACCAUGUGGAAAGACAUCAAUAUCAACAUUAUAGACACCCCAGGGCACGUGGACUUCACAAUAGAAGUGGAAAGGGCCCUGCGGGUGUUGGAUGGCGCCAUCCUGGUUCUCUGUGCCGUCGGUGGGGUCCAGUGCCAGACCAUGACUGUCAACCGCCAGAUGAAGCGCUACAACGUCCCCUUUUUAACCUUCAUCAACAAGCUGGACCGGAUGGGCUCCAACCCAGCCAGGGCCCUUCAACAAAUGAGAUCCAAACUGAAUCACAACGCAGCAUUUGUGCAAAUGCCCAUUGGCCUGGAGGGCGAUUUUAAGGGCAUUAUAGACCUCAUUGAGGAACGAGCUAUUUACUUUGAUGGAGACUUUGGUCAGAUUGUCCGGUAUGCGGAGAUUCCAGCUGAGCUGAGGGCCGCAGCAGCUGACCACCGGCAGGAGCUAAUUGAAUGUGUUGCUAAUUCAGAUGAGCAGCUUGGUGAGCUCUUCCUGGAAGAAAAAAUCCCCUCGGUUUCUGAUUUAAAGCUGGCAAUCCGAAGAGCCACCUUGAGCAGAUCCUUCACUCCAGUGUUCCUGGGAAGUGCUCUGAAGAACAAAGGAGUCCAGCCUCUCCUGGAUGCUGUCCUAGAAUACCUUCCCAACCCAUCUGAGGUCCAGAACUACGCCAUACUCAACCAGGAUGACUCAAAAGAGAAGACCAAAAUCUUAAUGAACUCCCAAAGAGACAAUUCCCACCCGUUUGUGGGCCUGGCUUUUAAACUAGAGGCCGGCCGCUUCGGACAGCUAACGUACGUCCGCAAUUACCAAGGUGAACUAAAGAAGGGCAACACCAUCUACAACACGAGGACGGGGAAGAAGGUGCGCGUGCAGAGGCUGGUGCGCAUGCACGCCGACAUGAUGGAGGAUGUUGAAGAAGUGUACGCUGGAGACAUCUGUGCAUUGUUUGGCAUUGACUGUGCAAGUGGAGACACAUUCACGAACAAAGACAACAGUGGCCUUUCUAUGGAAUCAAUUCACGUUCCUGAACCUGUCAUCUCAGUAGCAAUGAAGCCUUCUAACAAGAAUGAUCUGGAAAAGUUUUCAAAAGGCAUUGGCAGGUUUACACGGGAGGACCCCACAUUUAAAGUCCAUUUUGACGCUGAGAGCAAGGAGACAAUUGUAUCUGGAAUGGGAGAAUUACACCUGGAAAUCUAUGCUCAGAGAAUGGAGAGAGAGUAUGGCUGCCCUUGCAUCAUAGGAAAGCCCAGAGUGGCCUUUAGAGAGACCAUCACCACCCCUGUGCCGUUUGAUUUCACACAUAAGAAGCAGUCCGGCGGGGCUGGCCAGUUUGGGAAGGUGAUCGGUGUGCUGGAGCCCCUGGCCCCAGAGGAGUACACCAAGCUGGAGUUUUCCGAUGAGACCUUCGGGUCCAACGUGCCCAAGCAGUUUGUGCCUGCCGUUGAGAAGGGGUUUUUGGAUGCCUGCGAAAAGGGUCCUCUUUCUGGCCACAAGCUUUCUGGGCUACGGUUUGUUCUGCAAGACGGUGCACACCACAUGGUUGAUUCCAACGAAAUCUCUUUCAUCCGAGCUGGAGAAGGUGCUCUUAAACAAGCCUUGGCCAAUGCCACAUUGUGUAUCAUUGAACCCAUUAUGUCCGUGGAGGUUGUAGCUCCUAACGAGUUUCAGGGAGCAGUGAUCGCAGGGGUCAACCGGCGGCACGGAGUAAUCACAGGACAAGACGGGGUCGAGGACUAUUUUACACUGUACGCCGACGUUCCCCUAAAUAAUAUGUUCGGUUACUCCACUGAACUUAGGUCUUGCACAGAGGGGAAGGGAGAGUACACAAUGGAGUACUGCAGAUACCAGCCCUGUUCCCCGGCCACACAGGAGGAACUCGUCAAUAAGUAUUUGGAAGCUACAGGUCAGCUUCCUGUAAAGAAAGGAAAAGCAAAGAACUGACUCUCCUCACUUUGCAUGUAGUGACUUAUUUGACUACAAGAUUUGGAGAAGAUGGAUCCAGGAGAAUGAAUUCAGAUGGCCGAAUUUUAGGAGCCCUGCUGUCUCCUGUUCAGGAGAUUCAGUGUAUUUGCAAAGAUAAUUAUGUACAUAUAUUUAAACUAUUGACUAUUUUAUUGUUUAAUGAAAGACAUUAAAUAAAAUUAUAUUAUUACUGAA